AAGAAGAAGAAGAAGAAAAGGUAGAGACUUGGAAGUUUGAAUUAAAGAGAACAAGAGAGAGUGACGAAUCGGAAAAUGAUGGUGGGAAAUCUAGAGUUACCGGCGGGGUUCCGAUUCCAUCCGACCGACGAUGAAUUGGUGAAUCAUUACUUGAUCAGAAAAUGUGCAGGGCAAUCGAUUUCCGUUCCAAUCAUAGCAGAAAUCGAUCUCUACAAGUUCGAUCCAUGGCAAUUACCAGAUAUAGCAUUGUAUGGUGAGAAGGAAUGGUACUUUUUCUCUCCAAGGGAUAGAAAAUAUCCCAACGGUUCAAGGCCGAACCGGGCUGCUGGAACCGGUUAUUGGAAGGCGACCGGUGCGGAUAAACCGAUCGGCCGGCCGAAAGCGCUCGGCAUCAAAAAAGCACUUGUGUUCUACGCCGGAAAAGCCCCAAAAGGAAUCAAAACCAACUGGAUCAUGCACGAAUAUCGUCUCGCUAACGUCGAUCGAUCCGCCGGCAAGAAGAACAAUCUCAGGCUUGAUGAUUGGGUGUUGUGUCGGAUAUACAACAAGAAGGGAACGAUAGAGAAGCAUUACUCCGCCGUCGAUCGGAAACCAAUGGACUUCCCGGAGCUAGAGGAGCAAAAGCCCAAUAUUGGGUUUUCACACCAGACUACUAUGGCGGUUCCGCCACAUAUGAACGACCAAUUACAUAUGGACACGUCGGAUUCAACAGUUCCAAGGCUGCACACGGACUCGAGCAGUUCGGAGCACGUAUUGUCGCCGGGAGUCACGUGGGAGAAGGAGGUCCAGAGUGAGCCCAAAUGGGAGGAGCUAGAGAGUGCGUUGAAUUUCAACUUCAACUUCAGCGAUAUGGAUUACUUACAAUAUGACCCUUUUGCCCCUCCUCAAGUCCGCUACCAGAAUCAGAUGGACCAGCAGCCAGACACAUUCAUGUAUCUACCCCAGUCGUAUUAAUUUUUAAAAAAAAAGAAAAAGAAAAAAAGAUGGUGGGCCUAUUGUGGGCCCGGCCCAUUUUCAUUCUUUGCCUAUUUGCUGGUAUUCAUUAGGAAACAGAUUAUUUAGGUGGGUCAGGUAAUUGGGAAAUCGGACGGUUUAAGCUCCUGACUAUUUUUUUGGUCCUGUUAAUAUGUUGAUGAUGAUUAUUGUAGGAAAUUCUUACAUAUGUAAUUUCCAUUUAUGAAAGUUUGAAAGAUUCAAAUGAA